AUGUUCUGUUUAGUAUUCUUCAUUGCAAUUGCUUUAGCUAAGGAUUCUGUUAUUAUGAGUGCUGAUAGAGACAGCAAUGGUAAUCCAAUUACCUUUAUAAAAUUUGAAUUUGGAAAAUGCUAUUAUAUGGGAUCUGCUGAAGGAGUAACAGCAUCAAUGAAAUUCUCUAAGAAUGGUGACAACCUUAAAGGUAAGGUUUAUACUGAAGCUGAUUGUAAGGGAAAUUCUAUUGAAGGUGAAAUAUCAAUUAAUGAUUUUAUUGAAGAAUAUUGUUCAUUAUAUGACAUUGCAACAGGAAAGAAUUGUAGUGGAUCUAUUAUGAAAGCUCCUGAUCAUGUUGCUUUCAACUCUCUUAUUCCAGAUGAUUCUAGUUGUUCAAAUAAGGAUAAUACUGUUAGAGUUUAUUACACUGAUGCCUGCUUUGCUUGUGGAGAAGGUUCAUGUAAAAGAGAAGAAGAAGAUGGAAUCUUCUAUAAAAAUGUUUUUUCUGGUCAAAGUUGCGAUGGAAACAGAACUUCACAUGAACAAAUUUUCAAGUGUGAUACUUGUACUGAAGGAAUACAUUAUCAAUGUGGUGCUAUUUCAACAAUGGUUCUUGUUGUUUUUGCAAUUCUUGCAUUCUUCCUUUAA